GUGAGGAGGCGGAAAGAUGGCGGAGGAGGAGAAGCUCCCCGCGGGCUGGGAGAAGCGCAUGAGCCGCAGCUCCGGGCGUGUCUAUUAUUUCAACCACAUUACCAAUGCCAGCCAAUGGGAGCGCCCCACCUGCAGCAAGAACGGGCAAGGGGAGCCCACGAAGGUGCGGUGCUCACACCUCUUGGUAAAACACAACCAGUCUAGGAGGCCCUCGUCUUGGAGGGAGGAAAAGAUCACCCGGACCAAGGAGGAGGCCCUGGAGCUAAUUAAUGGCUACAUCCAGAAGAUCAAAUCUGGGGAAGACUUCGAAUCCCUCGCGUCGCAGUUCAGCGACUGCAGCUCAGCUAAGGCAGGAGGAGACCUGGGUGCUUUCGGAAGGGGUCAGAUGCAAAAACCUUUUGAAGACGCCUCGUUCGCACUGAGGACCGGCGAGAUGAGCGGACCAGUAUUCACAGAUUCAGGGAUCCAUAUCAUCCUACGUACGGAGUGAAAGUGCCUUGGCGACCCGCUUGGAAAAGAAAGGGUGGUGGGGAAAAAAUACCAGAGCAAGAGAACC